AUGGAGCCUUUGGGUGUGGGCACUUCUGCCAGGUCAUAUCUUCGCCAGGUGGAGGCCUGGCGCAGGCUCACGUUUCUUCCCGCUCAUCAGCAAGGCCUGGUACUCUACCGCCAUUUGGCCGGGAAGGCCUGGGUGGCAGCCGAAGAGCUCAACGUGGACGCUCUUGGGCGAGAUGACGGAGUCCAUUACCUGAUGAGCUGGCUUCGCAACCGCUACCUUGAUUUGGAGGUGACCAGAAUCGGCAAGGCCCUCUCGGAGAUGUUCCGGAAACUUCGAAGGAAGCAGGGGCAGUCGAUCAGGGACUCCAACGCCGAAUAUGACCGACUACACGCCAGGCUCAAGGAGGUCGGCUGCAUGCUCCCUGAAGAGUGCUCUGCCUGGUUGUAUGUUGACCGUCUUCAACUCGAGGAGGGGGCCGAGUUGAACCUUUUGGCCAGUGUUGGGAACAUCUACUCCCUUGCGAAGCUGCAGAAGGCCGCGAUCAUCCAAGACCGCGCCCUCAGGAAACCCUGGGAGACCGGCGGUAAAGGGAAUCGGAAGCCCUACACCGCCCACAUGACGGAGACUGCCGAUGACGAUGAGGACGGCGAUCACGACCUUGGCGGCCACGACGAGGACGAGGCGAUCCCCGAGGAGGUCGCCGUGGCGUACAUGACCUACCAGUCGGCCAAGAAUAAGUACAAGGAGUUCAGCAAGGCUCGCGGGUUUCGCGGCGACAUUGGCAGCAGUGGCAAUGGGAACGGCAAACCGCCGGAUGGAGAAGAUCAACCUGCUGGGAAGUCUCGCGACGACAAGCUUCGACAGAUCAAAGCGCGCUCCUUUUGCGCGGGGUGCGGGCGAAAAGGACAUUGGCACAAGGAUGAUGAGUGUCCCAACAAUGCCAACCGGAGCGGCAAUGGUGGGAACAAGUCAGGCGGGGCGGUGAAGGAGGUGUGCGUGAUCAUGCCCGCCGAGGUCAUGACCCUGAAGCACAUCACCGGCACACUCCACGGCAUCACCGAUACCGCUUGCGCCCGCACCGUUGCAGGGACACACUGGCUGCAAGAGUAUAUGGACCGUCUCGGUAGUGAUGUCGCCCAACCGGUCCUUACCAAGGAGUGCGAAGCUUACAAGUUCGGCACGGGGCGCAUUCACUACUCGACGUUCAAUGUGGUGCUUUCCUUUACCCUCGGUGACAAGCUCGUGCGACUCAGGACCUCAAUCAUCCCGGGAGACAUACCUUUGCUGCUCAGCAAGACUGCGCUCGGCAAGCUGGGCAUGAUUUACGAUGUCUCUGAGGGCUGCGCUGAUUUCACCAAGGUCGGGCUGAAACAGUACAAGCUGUUGGCCACUCCGUCUGGCCACCCUGCAAUCCCCAUCGAGCCAGCGAAGCCGGCAGGUGGAAGCGGUGCCCUGUUGCCGAUUGAGGACUUGAGCCUGGAGCCCCAUGUGCAAUACACGGUGCAUGCUGUCAGCGUUGCUGGAAGUAAUACCCGAACCCACUACAACCUCUACUAUGACAAGAAGCUCCCCCCAGAAGAUAAGCUCAUGCUCACUAGCCCACAGCUUUGUCGUGAGAGUUUUCUUGUCUGGUGGAAGCGCAAUGAGGUCAAUGGGGAGAUCCCGAUCAGCAAGAUGACGAAGCCUCAGCUCCUCUCGGAGUGUGUCCGCUUGGGGUUGACCGUGCAUCGCACGUGGAGCCCCGAAGAGAUCAAGGCGAUCAUUGUUCAACACCGGGAGGCCAUGAAGGAGACGGACGCGACGCUCAAGAUGAAGAAGAUCUCCGCGCUCACGCUCCCACAGCUGAAGGCGAAGGCCGACGAGCUCCAGGUGGCGUACGCGUCGAACAUCACCAAGGGCAACCUCCUUCGACUCGUCCGCGACUCCCUCAACACCCCGGACAACGAGCUGAUGAAGAUAGGAAAACACCGUGGGAUGGAGUUCCGCGAAGUCCCUUGGCAGUACGGGCGUUGGGCCAGCAACGAAGUGAAGACGAGCGGCAAUGCAGACCCCGAGCUAGUGAGGUUCGCCCGCUGGUGGGAUCAGAACGAGGAGAAGAAGAAGGGCGGCUACGUGAAGGAGCUGAACGAACCGUCCAGCGUGGCACCAAUGCCGACGGCGGACUCUUGGGGUCACAACGAGACGCGGACCGUGGCCCAGACGAUGGACCAGCUCCCGCAUCCACCGGCUGUCUCGACGUCGAGUUCCAAGUGGAGGCCGGCGGAGGACAACAAGGAGGCGAUGGACGACGAGAUCGACCAGGACACCUUGGCGGAGAUACAGAGGUUGGAGAUGAAGCUGGCAGUGCUCAAGGACAAGGACGUGCUCGAGGACAAAGGGCUCGUGAAGGCACUCGGCCAUCAACACAGCGUGCUGGUUGCAGAUCUCUCGCACCCGGGAGCCGUAUCGCGCCCCGAUCUUCCGCGAGGAGAGCAACUUGCAAAGGAAGCAUAUGAUAAUGGCCAGUUCACCUAUGCCGUCCUCCAGCACAUCCUUGAGAACUCCGAUCUCAGGGCCCGACGCAAUGAUCGCGGCGAUGCUUUCCCUGUCGACGACAAGGGCAAGCACGACUACUUCACCUUCGGCAUGUUCACGCAUGGUGGAGUCCAAGGCCUGACGAAGCUCACCAUCGAGAAGCCCCACCUUUGUCGCUACUUGAACGCCUUCGCCACCCGGAAGCUUGACAAAGGCAGCGCUUGGACGUCUGUCACCAUUGGACUGAAUGUGAGGGCCGGCGUCCACCACGACUAUAACAACCUUAGGGGCACCUCCAACUACACGUGCAGUUUUGGACAGACCAAUGGUGGCGAACUAUGGCUCGAAGACCGAGAUCUACAGGAGCGAGAUGUCGGUGGCGCAGGUGUGGUCUGGAAGCGCAAUCCUGGAGGAGCUUGGCUACCCGGACGUAUGACGAGCACCUUCGAGAACUUCGUGUCUUUCGAUCCGCAGCACAAGCAUGCAUCCGGAGAUUGGGAAGGGGAUCGUUGGAUAGCUACUUUCCACACCACCCGCGGGAUCCUCAAGGCCAACAAGGAUUGCACGAAGAUCCUCAGGCGAGUCGGUUUCCCUGUGCCCCACCUGCGGGGGAUUCCCGGAGAGCCUACAUCCAAGAGGCCCCGGAAGAGUACCAGGACGACUUUGGCGAACACCGCUGGGAAGCUGAGUGUCCUCCUUACCACUUUCCUGGCCGCGGCGACCUCCUUCAUUGCCGAGGCCCUUCCAGUCGUCGAGGCCGACCCCAUUGUGAUGUUCGAGAUUGGAGGAGUUGAGGGAACCUUCGAAGCGGCAGAGCUCGGCAAAGCAGUUAUUGAACAGAUGCCAUGGGGAAAUUACGACGAGGAGGACCGCCGCAUCGACGCCUACCACUUUGUCGUCGGCGCUACGCCGCGCCAACUGAGGAUCAACCUCUAUGGGAUGCCCGAGAGACAUGUGAAUUCGGUCGCUGCACUGGCGAAAGCGCAGAUCGAGACAGGAGGUGAGGUCGUCUUCAAAGGGGAAAUCAAUGAGCACAUCGCUCAACAGCUUGCCCAAGAAGGUCUUUGGCAAUUCGUUGAUCCAGAAGGAGUUCGUUGGGCAGGAUAUGGACGCCGAAAGCCAGGAACUCGCGAAGUUGACCUUGAUCUACGACCACAUCAUGUUUAUGUUCUUGGCGAAGGAGACGAACCCGGCGAACAUCAUCGAGAACCCCGCCACGACGGCAGUGCGAUCUCCUUCGAAGACGGCGUGAGCCCCUUGAUCCAGAGUUCCCUUCGGCGACUACACCAAAACCUUGGGCACCCAAAGAAGGACGAUCUUGUACGGCAUCUACGUUUGGCAGGAUGCGAAGAGGCAGUGCUGAAAGCAGCCAAAGGGAUGCGCUGUCAAGUUUGUGACAGCACUUCAGGACCGCGCAUAGCGCGCCCCAGCGCUACCCCAAGGAUGUACGACUUCAAUGACUGCGUCGGGGUAGACCUUUUACGUCACCAUGAUGUCGAUGACAAUCGCCAUACCUUCCUUUCGAUGGUCGAUUGGGGGACCUCCUACCACAUUGUGAUUCCCCUUGCAGGCUUUGACAACGAGGACAUCGAGAAGGUCUUCAACGACCACUGGGUCACUCCUUUCGGUCCGCCAAGGACUGUGUCCCUCGACCUUGACGGGGCUGUUCAGAAGGGCAUCUGUCGUCUUUGUGACUGGCAUGGGAUCGGGAUCAAGAACGUCGCGGCGCAAGCCCAUUGGCAGGCCGGCAUCACAGAACGGCAAGGUGUUUGGUGGAAGAACAUAUGGGACCGUGUCCGGCAUGAGCUCUCCAUCACACGUGAAGAGGUCGGCAUUGCAGCCAGUAUGGUCUCCAGCGCAAAGAAUGAACUACGGCGCCGCUGUGGACAUUCGCCCACGGAGUGGGUGUUUGGACGUCAUCCACGACUACCUGAAGGCCUGAUCGACCCCGACAGCGGUGAGAAGAUUACGUGGGACGUCUCACACGAGAGCCGGUACCAAAGAACAGUGGCGAUUCGCGCCGCCGCUCGUUUGGCAUUUCACCACUCUCAAGGAGACAGUCGCCUUCGAAAAGCACUACUACAACGUGCCAGGACUACAACCAGGCCGAUCGAGACCGGGGAGACCGUCCACUUUUGGGACCAACCCAAGAACAGAAGGCGAGGGCGCUGGGCAGGACCAGCAGUAGUCGUCGGGAGAGAAGGCAAUAACGACUGGAUCUCUCGAAAUGGGCGCUGCAGGCUGACAGCGCCAGAACACUUGAGGCCAUCCGGGCCUGAAGAAGUUGGAGAAUAUACCUACGCGUUCGAGGAGCUCAAGUCGAGGUGGAAAAGUUGCUCGAGAUGGACUUCGACGCAGAGGACACCUAUGACCCAGACCAACUCGCCCCAGAAGAAGACGACAUCGACCUGGAGUACGACUGUGCCGCCGCUGCAGAUGACCACCUCUCCGACUACGAGCCCUCCGACGACGAGAUCAUGGAACCUCCGGUACUACCACCUCCCAGGCCACCCGACAGGAGGCUCAAGCGCAAAACUCGACCCGCCGAUGCCGACGACGACCUGGAAGUUCACGAAGCCCUCUUCUCCAAGAAGGAACUCACGAAACGUGGCAUGGAGAAGAGGCAGGAGAAGGAGCUCAAGUGGUCUGAGAUACCGGCCAAUGCACGGGCCGACUUCAAGGCCGCUGAGGAAACUCAGUGGAAAGAGCAUCUUUCUUUUGAUGCUCUGGAGCCCCUUGACCUAG